GGGAGCCGUGUGCCGGAAGCAGAGCCAGUGGAGAGCUGCGAGCCGAGGCGGAAGGUUCCAGGCCACAGUGCUAACAGCAGCAGCCAGCAGCUCCCCGGCUCUGACGGCUUGAUGCGGCUGGUCAGCAGCGGUCCAGACACACCGAGAGACAACACACUCGACAAAGAUGCUUUGGUUUGAGGGCUCGAUUCCCGCCGCCAUCGCCUCCGCCAAACAGCGCAGCUUCAUCUUUGUCGUUGUUAUCACAGGUGAGGAUGAGCAGUCAGCACAGUUGAUGUCCAGCUGGGAGGACGACCAAGUCUCAGAAGCAGCACAGAAUUCUUGUGUGGCGAUCAAAGUGGAUGCCAAGAGUGAGACGUGCGUGCAGUUCUCCCAAAUCUAUCCAGUGGUGUGCAUACCGUCCAGCUUCUUCAUCGGAGAGAAUGGGAUACCUCUGGAGGUCAUAGCCGGCAGUGUGUCUGCUGAGGAGCUCAUGAAGAGAAUUGAUAAAGUCAAACAGAUGCAUGCUCAGCAGAUUGGUGGCAGGAGUGAGGCAGAAGCAGAGACAGAGGUUCCUGAGGAGGCCGGCCUGUCUGUCAGUGUACCCACAGAGCCAGCCCUGGCCCCGGCACCACUCCCCACAUUCCCACCGGAGCCCCCGACAGCUCCACCUGCCGCCCCAGGGGCAGCAGCAGCUCCAAGCACAUCGAAAGAGUCCCUCUCAAGGACAGUUGACAGCGGCAGUCCUUCAGGUGACAUGACCCCUGGAGAGGACAGGAGUUUGUCAUCAGAUGAUGCCUCUCACAGUUCCCAGUCUGACAAAAACCUGGAUGCUAAGGUGGAAAGGUUAACAAAGAAACUAGAGGAGAGACGAGAGCAGAAGAAGAAAGGAGAAGAAGAGCAUGAGAUCAGGAAGGAGAUUGAGCGGAGAAAGCUGGGGAAGGAGAUGCUGGACUUCAAGAGGAAACAGGAAGAGGACAAGACCAAGCGCCUUUUGGAGGAAAGGAACAGGGAGAAGGCUGAAGAAAAGGCUGCCAGGGAGCGCGUCAAACAGCAGAUCGCCUUGGAUCGAGCUGACAGAGCAGCCCGUUACGCCAAGAACCAGGAGGAGGUCCAGGCUGCCAAGCAGGCUGCCCUGCAGGCCAAGCAGGCAGAGCAGGAGGCCAGGAAGGAGGCCUUAGCCAGGGAGAGGAGUGCUAUAGCGAGGAUACAGUUCCGCCUCCCAGAUGGCUCCUCCUUCACCAACCAGUUUCCGUCAGAGAGCAGACUGCAGGAGGCUCGGCAGUUUGCUGUCCAGGAAGUGGGAAACCGCUACGGGAACUUCUCCCUGGCCACCAUGUUCCCUCGGCGGGAGUUCACAAGUGAAGACCUGAACAAGACUCUGCUGGAGCUGGAGCUGGCCCCCAGUGCCUCCAUCGUGCUUCUGCCUCAGUCAGGUCGGCCUGCCAACACAGUGAUCCAGUCGUCAGGCGGGGGGGUCUGGGCCGUGCUGGGCACCAUCCUCUACCCGCUGCUGGCCGUAUGGAGAUUCCUCAGUGGCUUCCUCUUUGCCAGCCCACCACCCGGGGGGGCAGCCAGAGGCCCCGCCCAGCGACCCACCGCUUACCCCAACUCAACAUCAGCCUCCUCUGAUGAACCAAAGAGAGAAACUCUUCGCAAGCGCACUCUGGAAAAGAGGCCAGAGGACUUCAAAAAAGAUGGCAAAAUCUACAGACUGCGGACCCAGGAGGACAGUGAGGAUGACAACAACACCUGGAAUGGCAAUUCCACCCAGCAGAUGUAGUGCAAUAACAGCAGUCCUCUCCAUCCCAGCUGCCCCCCCCCCACUCUUCCCUCCCCACCUGUUGCUCUCUGACAUGGUGUGAGUUGUUCACGUCGGGACAGUGUAAUUAUGGAUUAUGCUGACUUUAGGGCUAUGUUGUUCUUUGUUUUUUUUGUUGUUGUUUUCUCUCUCUCUUGUCCAAGCCUAUGCUCCUGCUCCUUGCCUGCAUGGGUAGAUAAUAAUAAUCAACAUAACCUCCCAUGGGCUUGAACUGAGAGUUUCCUUUGUGUUGAUUCUACUUGAUUCUGUCUCUUAGAUGAUGUCCAUGGGUUACCACAGUUUUGCUCAAUCAGUUUGUAUAUUGGAAAUGUGAAUUUCAUGAGGCGACAUGUUCAGAUAUUACUUUACAGAGGAAAGACAGAUUGUGUUUUAUUUAAUAGCAGUAACCCCAGAUGUGUAAAAUGACCUUUGCUGAAACGAUUUGAGGGCACUGGCAGAGCGUUGUGUCUGUGUAGCUCUUGGUUUGUUGGUUUUCUACCAAGGAGGUGCCUCCCCCAUCCCACCCCAGCAACGGCGGCCUUGGCAGUAGAAUGCAUUUCUACCAGUUGAAAAUGGGCAACCACUGUACUGCUCUCAUCUGACAAUGAGAAUAAAAAAACUGUUUUUCAGUAAACCUAACUGGAGUU